AGAAAUAUAUAGCACCUUCGACUGGGCCUCUAAGUUUUUCAUGUUCUGUGCUCUUCUUAACAGCCUACUUCUGCUGCUGAGAUGUACGGUUGUUGCGCUCCUCUUGGUCUCUCUCCGCUCUCUGCUCCAUCUCUUGCCUUACCGCUGCGGUGGCUCUCUCACAUCCACAGUAUAAGGAUAAGGAUACGAGUGUACCAAACGCAUCGUUCUUCAACUUGGAGGAAGAAUACCGAGCGUUUCUUCCGUAGGCUGUUCUGCGGCUAUGCAGAGCCUCAAAACGUAGAUAUCGUAUCUACCAUCGUGGUGCCGGACCAGGCGAUGAUGUCGCAGAGAAACGAUGUCAAUUCGGGGUAUGCAGCCAGCGCUUAUUCUGGGGACAUCUCUGCUAUGACCACCGUCAUGGAGGAAACCAUUAUGCCACAGACUGUAGAAGAGCGAUACACAGGGCCAAAACAGAUUACGAACGACUUCGAUACACUGAGUGACAUCAGAAUGCCUCAGAUUGUGAUCACUCCCGAUUUGCCCACUCGAGAGAGGUCUUCGGUGGACGUGAUGCGCUUCUCGUUGCCGCUGGAGGAAUAUAUCAUACCGCUUUCUCCUCCGCCUAGGCGUAGACGCCGGUGGCUUGCAUCGGCGUCAGGUUCGCAAGCAGCGACCGAUAUUCAAGCUGUGUCAAGCGGGAGAAGUUCAAGUUGAGCCGGGGGCUCGACACCUACCACGGGACAAACUCAAAAUCAAGAGGGCGCGUUCUGAUUCGUUAUCUAUACAGGUCCAAACUUCUCAUACGCUAUACUUAUUCCCUAAUUCAUUACACCGGUUGGCGCCGGAUGUUCUAUUAUUUUAUCUAGUAUACGUCUCUAA